AUGAGGGAAAAUGGCUCAUCUGAGAUUCUAAAUAAACUAUAUGAUACUGCCAUGGACAAAUUAGAAGGCUUAAAGAAAGAUUAUGAUGCACUAAGAAAGCGCUACAAUGAGAAGAUUGCCAACCAUAACACUGACCUCAGCCGUUUAGAGCGUGUGGAAGAGGAGAAUCGGCGUUUUCAGAAACAGAAUGAGAUGCUGAUGAAGCAAACAGAUUCUGCUGUUGUGGAGAAAACAUCAAUUCAGCAACAGUAUUUAUCUACAUUGAAGAGGUAUGACUCAAUACAGCAUGAGUUAAGUAAGGCAACAGUACAGAACAAAGAGAUCCAGAGGGAAAUGGAACGGUUGCAAACUGAGGUGACUCGAUUCAAGACAUUACAGCUGAAAGCUGUAAAGGAUGCAGAGAAGUAUAAGGAAGAGAGGGAUACAGUGCUGAAUGAAUACCGCCUGGUCAUGAGUGAAAGAGACCAAGUACACAAAGAAAUUGACAAGCUGCAGACUGAACUGGAAUUGGCACAGGGUCAUCUAAAGAACACCUCAUCGGAGAGAAAAGUAGCCGGUGAAGAACUUGAAGCUCUUCGACAGGAGCUUCAUUCUGCGCUGGUAGAACGAGAUCAUGCUAUCUGUGAAAGGAAUGAACUGCUGGAGAAAUACUGCCAUGAAGUGAAGGACAAAGCAGAAGCUCAAAAGGAGCUUGAUCAGGCUUGUAAGGAUAUUGAGACUGUGAAAGAAGAGAGAGAUGUUGCUAGGAAGGAAAGAACAGAAGCUAUCAUCCAGAGAGAUCAGUUGCUGCGGGAGUACUACCAGGCCCGACAGAAACAAGAUUCAGCUACAUUGGACAUGGAAAGGGCCAGUAAGGAAAUCGAGAUGCUUCGGAAGCAGUGUGAGGCAAUGUCCCAGGAACUGAAGGAAGGCAUACAGGAGGCAGAAGUAGCUAAACGUAGGCGAGACUGGGCAUUCCAAGAACGAGAUAAAAUAGUUGCAGAAAGAGAAAGCAUAAGAACUUUAUGUGAUAACUUACGGCGGGAAAGGGACAGAGCAGUGAGUGACCUGGCUGAAGCUCUUCGGGAUCUAGAUGAUAUGAUGAAACAAAAAAAUGAUGCUAUACGCGAAUUGAAGGAACUGAAAGAGAAAAUGGAAAACCAGCUGGAAAAAGAGGCCCGGAUUCGGCAGCUUAUGGCUCAUAAUUCCCAUGAUUCAGCCAUUGACACAGAUUCCCUUGAAUGGGAGACUGAAGUCGUUGAAUUUGCAAAGGACAGGGAUGACAUGGAUUUGAAGGCAUUAGGUUUUGAUGUAGCAGGAGGAGCUGAUGAGCCUUACCUACCUGGAGACUCUGGGAUAUUCGUUACAAAGGUAGAUAAAGGGAGUGUUGCAGAUGGAAGGUUAAGGGUGAAUGAUUGCUUGCUCAGGAUAAAUGAUGUAGAUCUUACCAACAAGGACAGAAAGCAUGUCAUUAAAGCUGUACUAAACGGUGGAGGGGUAAUUAACAUGAUAGUUCGAAGGAGAAAGUCUCUGGGAGGCAGAGCUAUUACCCCAGUUCAUAUCAAUCUUGUGGGCCACAAAGACAUUGGAAUCAGCUUGGAGACUGGAGUAUAUGUAGCUACUGUUGUUCCUGGCAGUUCUGCUGCUAGAGAAGGAUCCUUAACGGUGGGAGACAGACUGAUUACAAUAAAUGGUAUUGCACUAGAAAACAAGUCACUGACAGAAUGUGAAGCUUUGUUGCGAAAUUGCAGGGAUUCUGUCAGUCUUUCACUGAUGAAGGUGGUUCCUCAGAGUUCCUCUUGGAGUGGACAGAACAUACUUGAAACACUAAAGGAAUCUGAGAAAUCUGGUAACUGUAGGAUUCAUGAAUCAGAAGUACAGGUUCCUAAUACUCGAAACUUGAAACACAACAGUUCAACACAGACUGACAUUUUCAGCACAGACUCGAGCUUACUUGACAGCAAAAAUGACAGAGCCAGUCAUGAAGACGGCACUUAUUGUGAACAUAAACAAUUUUCAAGCUGUCCUUUGCAGUCUACUACACAUAGGACAGCUGAUCGUACUUGCCACAAUUUUUCAGACCACAAAUCAGGCCCUUUCAACCCAGAGCUAUUUUCUGAUCAAGGUUAUGGGAUUGCAGAACAUGACAAAAGACGCUUUACGUUUGACCCAACAGUUACAGAUUGUGUGGUGGUGGAGACUGAUGCAGAUAAAGCACAUAAUUCUAAACACAGUGGUGGCACCUGGCCAAAAACAAUGGUGGAUGUUUCACCUUCUGAACUUGGGAAACUCUCCAUAUUCAAACUGCCAAAACAAAGGAAGCCUAUCUUUGAUCCAGAUACCUUCAAAAGGCCACAGACUCCCCCAAAGAUGGAUUAUCUCUCUCCAACUCAAAAGCAGGCACAUUCUUUGCAGUCCUCAAAGGGUGAAUCUGGUUCAACACCUCCAACACCACCUAAGAGGAGUGAUUCAUUCAAAUUUAAACACAAACAACAAACUAGCUCUACUUCAGACUCUACAAUAACUACUGGGUCACCUCCAACCAGCCCCACAGGGCCUCAGUCUCCUGUGGCCCUUGGAGUAAAACAAGAGACACCACAUGAAGCUCAUGAUAUGAAGGCUGGCCACUAUCAGCCUAGUCAGUACUUGGAGGGAACUGCUUUAAUGCCUUCAAGGACUUCUGAGGAAUCAGAAGGUAACCAGAGAGUCGAGGAAGAACCUGUGAACAGACGACGACCAAAAUCUGCUCCUGCGUUAAGACCAAGCAAACUUGCUCCCUUGAUUAUCUCUGGACUGUCCCCUCAGGAAAAUAUUGACCCCCAAUCACACUAUGAGAGUCAUGUAUCUUGCUCACCAAUUCUCAAGUACAAUUCAAGUGAAGAACACCUCUCUUUGGAACUACACGAAUGGCACCGGAACGCACCAAAACGCUCACAUAGGCACAGUAGUGGCUAUGUACCUGUAGGCUAUAAUAGUCCAGCAUCAGCAGGCAAUGUACAGAGAAACUUUGUGCCUUGUCCAGCUGUGACAGCAGUCCUGCGGAAUCCAAACGUUCCUUUCUUCACGGUUCGGAGUCGUAUGGUCCACAGUACCAACUAUCCUUCCAUGGCUAGUCAGAUGUGCUAUCCCCAACAACAGCAUAGUAGAGCAAGAAACCAUUCACCAACUGAAAGCUUUAAUGGUUCUCCACGGACCCGGCAUAGGCCUCAGAGUGCAAUUUGCUUUCCAGAAUCUGUGCAUGCCUUUGACAGUUUUAGCCCACAACAUCUCACACAUCAUAGCUUGGAUCUGACUGGCUCAGACAACAAACACUCAGCUGAUUUGUUGGAGUCCUCUAGAAGCACAGCAUCACAUGGAACACAGUCUCUGCCAGCCAGUGCACGUAUUGGUUCAUCAAGCAGCUUGGCUUUUGCUCCGAGUAAAAGUGGACGGAUUCGAAUCCCUUCAAACACCCGAUACCCACGAUUGACUACAGGCUCUGACAGAGGUAGUCUUCCACAACACACAAUUUAA